AUGGCAGCAAGGCUUCCAUUGGUGCUCUUCUUCCUCCUCUUCAUCAUGCAAGCCCUGUCCCCUGGCUUUUCCCAUCCUGGCGCUGUGCCCGAGGUGCAUCCCACCGGCACCCUGCCCACGGGACCCCCCGGCAUCGCCACCAGCAAGCUCUGGGUGAAAGGCUGCUCCCCUGCCUGGGCACAACGUGAUCCAUCGAAGGUCAUCGGGGCUGUUCGUGGGGUGGCUUCUCUCAGCCCCAGCCGUCAAAACCAGAUCACCUACCAGCAAAUCCACUGGCGACGCAACGACUCUGUGAGGAUCGCCAGCCGGUACCGCGGGGCCAGCGCCCAGUACCCCAACAGCACCUACAAGGGACGCCUGGAGCUCUUCCCCAACGACACACUAAAAAUCAGCUCGCUGCAGAAAAGCGACAGCAGCAUGUACCAGGUGUAUCUGGAGGACGAGGUGGGCAAGGAGCACGUUGAGACCAUCCUCCUGACGGUGUACGAUCUGGUCCCGAAGCCCACCGUGACUGCCAAAGUGAUCAGGGAUGAGCUGGAGCGGUGCAGUGCUACCCUGGAGUGCUCGGUGGAGCUCGAAGGGGUGACCUACGAGUGGAUCUUUCCCAGCAAGCUCCCGCUGGAGGGUGCGGGUGCCUCCGAGCAGCACAUCUCCUUCAACCCCUUGGUAGAAACCUACAUCUGCAAAGUCAGCAACCCUGUCUCCUCCGACAACGCCUCGCUGACCUACAGGCACCCCUGCUCCUGGACAGGUGAGUCCUCCGCUGCCGCGUCCUGCACCACCACCAGCGUGCUGGUGGCCCUGGGACACCUCCUCCUCCUCCUCUUGCUCCUCACUCUGCCUUAA